CUCCCUCCUCCCCUCCCUCCUCCUCCUCUCUCUCUUCCUCCUCCUCCUCCUCCCGCUCCCGCUCCGCCCGCAGCGCCCUUCUCCCGCCGCCGUUACCGGCGCUGCUCCAGCUCCGCUCAGCAGUGACCAAAGCCCGGCUCGAGAUGGACACCGGGGUCAUUGAAGGAGGUUUAAAUGUGACGCUCACCAUCCGGCUGCUCAUGCACGGGAAGGAGGUGGGAAGCAUCAUUGGGAAGAAGGGGGAAUCCGUGAAGAAGAUGCGGGAGGAGAGCGGUGCCCGCAUCAACAUCUCCGAAGGGAAUUGUCCCGAGCGGAUCAUCACCCUCGCUGGCCCCACCAAUGCCAUCUUCAAAGCUUUUGCCAUGAUCAUUGACAAACUGGAAGAGGACAUCAGCAGCUCCAUGACCAACAGCACGGCCGCCAGCCGGCCCCCGGUCACCCUGCGGCUCGUGGUGCCCGCCAGCCAGUGCGGGUCCCUCAUUGGCAAGGGAGGCUGCAAGAUCAAGGAGAUCCGAGAGAGCACGGGGGCACAGGUCCAGGUGGCCGGGGACAUGCUGCCCAACUCCACCGAGCGAGCCAUCACCAUCGCUGGGAUCCCACAGUCCAUCAUCGAGUGUGUCAAACAGAUCUGCGUCGUCAUGCUGGAGUCUCCCCCGAAGGGUGUCACCAUCCCGUACCGGCCCAAGCCAUCCACCUCUCCUGUCAUCUUUGCAGGCGGUCAGGACAGGUACAGCAGCGGCACUGCGAACUACCCCCCCACCGCCCCAACCUUGUGCCUCAACACUGACUUGGAGGGACCACCUCAGGAGGCCACCCGGCAGCCACUGCAUGGCAACGAACUUGGGCCAAUUCCAGCCUGGGCUGCAGUUCUUCCGGCCUAUACCAUUCAAGGACAGUAUGCCAUUCCACAGCCAGAUCUGACCAAGCUGCACCAGUUGGCAAUGCAACAGUCACCCUUUCCAAUGUCUCAUGGCAACACUGGAUUCAGUGGCAUUGAAUCCAGCUCUCCAGAGGUGAAAGGCUAUUGGGGUUUGGAUGCCUCCGCUCAAACCACCUCUCACGAACUCACCAUUCCAAAUGAUUUGAUUGGCUGCAUCAUCGGGCGCCAGGGCGCCAAGAUCAACGAGAUCCGUCAGAUGUCGGGGGCUCAGAUCAAGAUUGCCAACCCCGUGGAGGGCUCCACCGACCGCCAGGUCACCAUCACCGGCUCGGCCGCCAGCAUCAGCUUGGCCCAGUAUCUAAUCAAUGUCAGUCUAGAAAGCGCUAAACCCUCCUCCCAGGCAGCCUCCGCCACGGCCCCUGACCACCUCAGCAUCAACCUCUCUCAACCCUCCACCCCUUCUUCUUCUUCUUCUUCUUCUUCCUCCUCCUCCACCACCACCACCACCACCACCACCCCCUCGCUCGCCGCAGCGGCGGCCUCCGAAGCACCCGUCAGCCUCCCCAACCCUCUUCCGAGUGCCCCCUGUGUCUCCAGUCUGCUUGGCAUGAAACCCGUCCCUCUCCUGGCUCUCAAUGUGGUCUCUGCUGCUAAAGGCGCCUCGGCUCCGGCCGUGCCGGGUGCCCCUAACAAACUGAAAGCGGAAAAACAGAGGUUUGCUCCUUACUGAGCCUGCUGGAGCCUUGAGAGCCCCAGCAGCUGGAGAAGCCCGAGGGGAA